UACGGCUCGGUGUAGCAGUAGCAGUCGAUGGCGGCGCCCCUUGCAGAAGCACGCGUUGCCCUCGCUCUGCCUGCUGGGCCACGCAUGAAUACUCGACAAGAGAGGAGAGAGGGGUUUCGUGGCUGUGGAUCCGAUCCAUCGAUGCAACCUUGUACUGUACUACGAAGAUUGCACGUGAUCGUUUUGUACGACGGCCGGACUCCUCCUCCGCUAGCCCAUGUCAGACUCCGAGUCGCUCAGGAGCUUCAUCAUAUCAGUACAUAUACCCCGGCGAGGAAGGGGAGAUGAAGCAAGAAUUCAACCCAUCAAUAUUCGGGACAGCAGGGGGAGGGAGCGAUGGCAUGGACGCGCUACCACGCCUCCUCGACGCAUCCCCCGGCCAUCCCUGCUUGUCGUCGUCCCGAAUCUAGCCCCGACGACGCCCCCCUUCCUCCAUGGGUCCUACUCGACGACCGCGCAUACCUCGCCGGCGAAUCCAACCACACCACAGCCGUCUCCCGCACAAGGCACGGCGACCAGAUCCAAGCCACCUUCUUCCUCGCCGACCCGCCGCUCGUCUCCCACUUCGCCGUCUCCUGCGCCGCCGAGCUUGGCUGCGAGCCCAGGAUCCUCUACACGGAGGCCAACCUCGUCCUCCUCGUCUCGGUGCCCGGCGACCCCCGCAACGCCAUCGACCCCCGGAAGAACGACUUCUACGUCUACGAGGUGGACGACGACGCCGGCCCUCCCAAGGCCACACUGACGCUGCUUCCGCACCCCCCGCCCGACUUGUUCCCCUUCCCUCGGGACAGAUGCUACUACUUCCAUGACCGCCAGGUAGGACUCCUGCGCCACCGCAGGAACUCCGACAACGGCGGCGGCGGCGGCUUUUAUCUUCUCCAGCACCGUCCCAGAGCCUAUGACGCCUACAUCGUUGCCGCGCUCUGUACACGGCUAACCUUCCCGGAGACGUUAGGCCUUUACACCUACGUCUCCGACACCGAGGUGUGGAGCAGCAAACCAGCCUCAUUCCCAGACGGCGGCAAACUGCCCCGAGCCGCCCUUCGAUGUGACAAGGUUAUCACCAUCGGAGGAGAAGCCGGCACCAUGGCCUGGGUCGAUCUCAUGCGGGGUAUCAUCCUAUGUGAUGUGCUCCCACUCGACGACGACGCCAAGACGCUUCGCUACAUCCCUCUGCCGGACCCCAUCCGGCCAGACGACACCAUCGACGAAUCUGGAGGCAUGUACCGGGACGUCGCCGUCGUCGGCAGCCGCAUCAAGUAUGCUGAGGUGAAGAUGCACGUCAGGCCGGGCUCGGCCGGCCCGAAAGGCUCCUUCACCAUCGAUGGCUGGACCGCCGUCGUAUGGAGCAGGCCGGCCAAUUCCUUCAAGGAGUCAACCACCUGGCGCAAGGACCAUGAGGUCCAUGCUCACGAGGUCUCUUUCGUUGACGGCAAAAACAAGACGGCGCCAGGCUUUGAGUUGCUCCCGGCUGUGGUGGAUCACCAAGGCAACCCGCAGCCGACCUUGGUGGGGAUCCACGUUGGCCAUCCCAAGCUCAGCCUGCACGUCGGUGACAACACCCUUUACUUGAUGGCCAAGGUCAACCGCUGGUACGACAAAGCAUGGGUGAUCGCUGUCGACAUGAAGAACAAGAGGCUGCGGGCAGUGGCCGAGUUUGGUGGAGCACCAAGGUGCAUGGCGUUUCUCCAUGCCUAUAGGCAAAGCAGGAUCUCGGAGCAUCUCAAUGUCUCCCAAGGUACAAAGAGUCACCUGAAACGACCAGGGAUGCCACUGCCACAUGGAAGCUCUCACAAGAAGCCAGAGAUCCCUCCGCAUCAUGUGAUGCAUCACUGUCCCAGUGGACAAAACCCCAGGGCGACAUGGCCCACAUUUCCCGCACAGACUACUGAUGAUGAGGAUUAUGAUGAUGAUGAACGGACAAGGAUGGCAGACGACAUGGACUUGGAAUAACUUAACUUAUGGUACCUAGCUAGCUUUUGUGUGCCGGCUGUCUCUUUUUACGUACCUCUUUAGUUAGUUAGUACUCAGGAUGGAUGAAUUGAAAACAUUCCAAACUUUGCUCCUUCAAUUCGGUCUUGUGCUGUUUAGCUGUUCUGUUUGUGGCCAGGCCACUCUGUCGUGUAGGUGCUGA